CAUAAAGUUAUGUAAAAAUAGUCAUAUAAAAAAUUAUCAGUAUUAAGAAUAGUUGUUUUUUUUUCUUCACUAAAAAGUAACAGAUAUUUAAAAUAUGUCUUUAAGUAAUUUAGAUUUAUAUUAUGAUACGGUUUUAAAUUUAACCAAAUCCGCUGGUCAAAUACUCAGAGAAAAUAAUUCCAACCGAGAUAAAUACAUAGAAUUUAAAACGUCGCCAACAGAUUUGGUUACGAAAACUGAUACAGAAAUAGAAAAUUACCUGAUCAGCGGGCUAUCCAGUAAUUUUCCUGAUCAUAAAUUCAUAGCUGAAGAAUCUGCCGCCAAACAAGGAGAAACUCUUCUAACAGAUGCACCAACAUGGAUCAUAGACCCCAUAGAUGGUACCAUGAACUUCGUGCACUCUUUUCCGCAUUCAUGUAUCUCAAUCGCUUUAUAUAUAAACAAGGAACCAGCAAUUGGUAUAGUUUACAACCCAAUUUUGGAACAAUUAUUCACAGCAAGAAGUGGAAAGGGGGCAUUUUUAAAUGGUAAACAAAUUCGGGUGUCCAACACUACAUCACUUUCAAAGGCACUUAUUAUAAUAGAAAAUUAUGGAUGUGCACCAGUACACCAGAUUACUCCAGAAGUUGUGGAACUCAUUUCUUCAUUAAUAACUGGAUCACAUUCAACAAGGGCAUUGGGAUCAGCAGCUUUGGAUUUAUGCAUGGUAGCUUGUGGAGGAGCAGACGCUUUCUACAAUUACGGUAUAAAAAUUUGGGAUAUCGCAGCCGGAAUGCUGAUAGUUAGAGAAGCAGGUGGAUUAUGUACUGAUCCAAGGGGAGGGCCCUUACACUCUACAGGAAACAGAAUUUUAGCAGCCAGUUCACAAAAUCUGGUGGAUGAACUGUCAAAAAGACUUUCUGAAACUGAAGAUAAAUUAUUAAACAAAUAAUGUAGGUAGAUACCUAUGUUUGAAUAGUUUAAGUUUAACCAAAUUGUUUACUUUACUAUAUUUGGUUGAAUUGUUAUUGGAAGAAAAAAUAAACAGUAAUUUUGAUCAAUAAAAUUUACUUCAUCUUCAAUGCACAAAUAAAUACGGCAUCUCUUGUACUUUGGUAAAUUUGGACAUUCCCUUUGCAGAAAUCUCUCCCAGUUGUCGACUGCUCCCGGGAAAAUCAAAUUAUUCACAUGGCUCCAGAGAAAAAAGUUCAGUGAAUUUUGCCGCUCAAAGUAUUGGACUUCUUCAUGUAAUCCAUGAGUCUAAAAACGCUUGAUUAAGUUGCCGGCGUAUCAUAACAGCAAAGUGAGUAGGAACGUCGUCGUGCUAAAGUCACAUUCAAUAUCUGAUGUUUCGUAUGGUAUUCUUUAACUGCUCGGUUACCACAUUUGCCACAAAGUUGAGGAAGAAUAAUUUUAACGUUGCUGCUAGAGAUAAGGAUCAAUAAUAUGGUUUUACAUAAUACCAGCCCAAAUGUUUAAGGAAAACUGGUGUUGGUCUACUCUUAAGGCCUUAUCAAUAGAGAAUGUAGUCCCAAAUGGCCCUUGGCCUACUAUAUUAUUACACAAAACAUUCCUAUUUUAAUUAUUAAAUUUUUAUAUUGUUUUUAAAGAUACAUUAUUAUACUAUAAUGUAAAAUGACACAUAUGCAUAAUAAUGUUAAAAUUUCCUAUUAAUAUGGCGAAAGUGGCGUAACUAUUAUCACGUGAUAUUACCUCUAUAAGUACCUUCUUACUACCUUCUUGUUUAAUAUAGA